AUGUCAGAAGACCAUGGCCCCACACGUCUUGAAACCGAGUUGGAGCUACUAAACGCCAUGUAUCCCCAUCAGACACACUAUGACCCCAAAUCACGAGAGUUAAAGUUCUCGGCUGACAAUGCCUCACUGCUCCUUCGCCUGCCGGAGCCGUAUCCGGAAUCAGGAUUGCCCGAUAUCAUUUCGGCAACUGAUGCAGCAAAGAACGACGUGCGAGCACAGAGCAGAGAUGCUGUAAGAGAACUUGGUUUGACCGAGGGAGAGGAAGCACUGGAUGCUGUCCUUGCCACUUUCCAGCAGCUCGUUGAAUCUGCCGCCGCCCAAUUGGACCAGAGGACACAAAAAAGCGACUCGACAGCACAUGUUCAACAUGUUUCCAAUCUCUCCAAAACCAUUAUUGUCUGGUUGCACCACCUUCUAAACACUAACAAGCGAAAGCUCGCCCUCUUACCUCCAUCCUCAACCCCUCCUGUCUCCGGUCUCACUAAGCCCGGCUAUCCCGGUGUUCUCGUCUACUCUGGUCCGUCGUCAGCUGUCACGGAGCACGUCAACGUUUUGAAGGCGCAGAAUUGGCAGGCUUUUCAAGUUCGAUUCGAGGAAGAUGAGCUUUGGCAAUUCGCGCACGGUACGGGAGUCAAAGAGAUGGAAAGUAUGAGUGAGAUUGUACAAGGCGUUGGCGUUGAUGGAGACGCGGGGAAGAGACAGAAGAAAGCGUUUCUGGAAGCCGUCGGUAUCAAGUGA